AUCUCCUUUUUAGCUCUCGCUUUGAAACUCGUGUACUAAAAUUGAAUGACUUAUUUACGUUCCUUGCUUUAUAUUUUUUGUUAGAACAUUUUAACCAACCAAAUUCGAUUAUCUAUGGGUUCUUUUUGUUGACGUUGAGAUUUAGGCAAAAUGAAGAUCGGGCUUUGCGCUUAUAGCGGCUACAAAAUCUAUCCUGGUCAUGGAAAAACCAUGGUUAAGGUCGAUGGAAAGAAUUUUACGUUUUUGAAUUCGAAAUGCGAGCGGGCUCACUUAAUGAGACGGAACCCACGUAAAGUUACGUGGACUGUACUUUAUAGACGCAAGCAUAAAAAAGGUCAGGAAGAAGAAACCACCAAGAAACGUACGCGAAGGACUCAAAAGGCGCAACGUGCAAUUGUGGGAGCUUCGUUAAAUGAUAUCUUAGCAAAGCGGAACCAAAGACCAGAAAUUAGAGAAGCACAAAGAGAACAAGCUAUCCGUGCUGCAAAGGAAGCAAAAAAAUCUACAAAAGCUGCAAAGAAAGCUACAGCACCAGCCAAACCAAAAGCAGCCCCUAAACAGAAAAUAGCAAAAGUGGUACAGAAGGCUGCUCCAAGAGUUGGUGGCAAACGAUAAUUUAUUUAUUGUUUAAAUUUUCUAAAAAUAAAUGUGGUAAUAUACUGUGUA